AUGACUAGACCUCAGAUGAUCCGAGCUGAUACCUUGGACCUUCAAGAUCACGAUACCCCUUCCGCCAAAGAUCACACCAAACAACCCGAACAUCCAGACCCUCUUGGGAGCGGCCGGCCUGCUCCCCAUCAAGAACUUUCCAUUCGUCACGCCGAACAAGAUUCACAAACAGAGAUCAAUGGCGGACCGGACAAAAACCACGAAUACCGUGGUGACAAGGAGGUGUAUCGAGAACCAGAUGACGAGGAAGACGAUGAGGAUGAAAAUCACUAUGACCAUGAAGAUGGCGAUCUGGCAGACGGCGAAAGCGAUGACAUGAUGGACGAUGAUAUGAUGGACAAAAUCUCCAGCUCACCCUCUAUCGAUGAUGAGGACAUCGAUUUUGAGUUCGUAUAUGCGCUUCACAAUUUCGUCGCAACGGUCGAUGGGCAAGCAAAUGCCGCAAAGGGUGAUACUAUGGUCCUUCUCGACGACAGCAACAGCUACUGGUGGCUUGUGCGCGUGGUGAAGGAUGGCAGCAUUGGUUACCUCCCUGCGGAACACAUCGAAACACCGACCGAAAGGCUUGCUAGAUUGAAUAAGCACAGAAACGUGGAUCUGUCAGCGACCAUGUUGGGCGACAAUAACGAAAAGUCGAAGAACCCUUUGAAAAAGGCCAUGCGCCGUCGGAAUGCGAAGACUGUCAACUUCGAUUCCGAACAUGGCGACUUUUUCAACGAUGACGAGACUCUGGAUGGCGAAGAGGAAGACGUGCAAGAGCAAGCUGAAAAUAUUGUCGUGGAACCUCUUAGGCCCAAAGCCCAGAAAGAAACCCCUACAGAGCAUGCCGAUGCCAACGGUGCGGAGAAACCCGAUUCGCAGCGCUCAAGCUCUGAUCGACGCCCGCCUAGUGAAGAAUUCUUUGAGGCCGAAGAACCCACCGUCAGUAGAUCCAGAAAUGGCACUGUACGGAACACCGAUUCCUUCUUCAAAGAUGACACGGCCGAGCCCAAGAAGAUUUCUCUCACACCAAAUCUCCUGCGCGAUAUUCGCGAUGAAAAUAGCGCAAACACCUUGGCUGAGUGGAAAGAGCCUCGUGGAAGCUUGGAAUCCCUUGAGAAGGGCUCUAACUCACAGGACAAAAUCAAAGAGAAAGAGGAGAAGAAGCGAAAAGACAAAAAACCUGGAAUGCUCAGCGGGUUAUUCAAGCGCAAGAAGAGCAAAGAUGACAUUGACGACCCAGAGAGGUCUCCUGCAGAGUCGGCAUUCCGCACAUCACCCCAACCCAAGACCUCGUUGGAGUCUGUCUCAUCAAAGUCUGUGUCCCCCGAGCAACAACGACCCUCUAAGCCCCAGAAAAUCUCGAACAACAAGCUACACAAGCAGCCUCCAGGAAUCAUGAAGGUUGAUCCAGUCCUUGACCCUACAAUGGCCGAGUUCGCCAGGGGCAACGAGCCCAUUCACCAGGGUCAGGGCAACAAGGGCAUCCGACAGGUGCCACUGCAAGAAGAAAGAGAAAGCAGCUAUGAAGACUGUGGAAUUGUGUUACAAUCACCUAUUAGCCAAUCGAGUCCUUCCAAGGACCCCUUUGCUACUCCGCUCGAAUCCAUGGACCCCCUGGAGUCGCCUGUUGACCGACCAUCCAGUGAAGCUCAAUGGAGAGAACCAAAUGAUCCAGACCGUACAACGGCUGGGCCAGCGUCUGUUACGUCUCCACCCCAGAAAUUCGUUCCUACGCUGGUGGCUGGAGAUGAGUCGGAGUCCCCUGUCAAUAUCUCACCCGUGGAGACUUAUUCCCCCAUGAGCGCGCACGGCUCAACAAACAAUACGUCUUCUCGAGAGGUACGCUCUCUCUCGCCACCGUCUCCACCAUUAUCACCCGGACAGGACGUUAACUACCUCAAGGGUAGCACGGCUGCCCCGGCCUCAGUCGAUAGGCUUUCUGUGGACACCCCGACGUGGAGCGACUCCAGUCUACGCUCCUACAUGGACGAAGAAAACGACAUUCGCGAUUUGUUUAUUAUUGUCCACGACAAAUCAAAUGUACCUCCUGCUGGCCCUGACCACCCAAUCACCGGUCGUCUCUUCAAGGAGGAAAGCAAGAGACUCAAGGAGAUGAAUAAUCAGCUUGACGAAAUGCUUGUGAACUGGAUGUCACAGCGGGCUAAGAGCUCGAACUCGACUCGUGGCAUUCAGAGUCCACCAGUGUGA